GGCAGGUAAGAGAGAGGAAGAGGCGGGAUCUUUCUCCGGAAACGGUCAUUCCCCCACAAGUCCGUCCUUCUUCAGAGGCGGCAACCUGAAGGACUUGAAGCCACAUUUUUUUCUGGACUACAACUCCCAUCUGUUUUAGAUUUUUGCUGUCAGUAGUCUGAAAACGUAACUUUGCCAUGCUUUGUGGCCACCAGAUAUCCAGAUCUCCAAAACUGCCCUUUACCUUUAACUUUACUAUAAUUCCCAGAAUCCCUACCAAGUUGGCCCGGGGACUGGAAUGAUGGGAGUUGUGGUCUGGAACAGAUCUUCCUAUCAAGAAAUGGGAUACCUUAUCUUUUGGAACUAUAACCUUGGUGGCCCUGCUGGCUGGGGAUUCUAGGACUUGUAGUGGGGAUAAGAAACAAAGCUCUGAGCCCCUCCGGCCUGUGGACCACGUUUGCCAGAAGGACCUCGGCGGGUGGCUGGGCCGGAAAGGAACGGCGUUACAUUCCUGAAAGGGGAACGGAGCUGGGCUGGACGGGCGAAGGGAGCAGCUCCUCUACAGAGACUUUUCUUCCUCUCUCUGGCAGGGCGAAGGCUUUCUUCUCCCUCCCGAGGUCUGCAGGAAAAAUGUUGGAGAGAAGAAAUGGACAAGGUGGACAUCAAGUACCAGAGGAAGGGGUUGAAUGUUUUGAUGCCAAAGAGGAGGUUGAGAAUCAAGAUGGAAACAGGAAUCUUGGAGGAAAUCAAGUAGAUGAGCAGAUGGAUAUAUCCAUGGCUUGUCCAGAGGAUGUCCAUCAGAAAAUAUCCGAGGGAGAGCGAAGCCAUGAGUGCCCCAAGUGUAGGAAAACCUUUACCCAUAAAUCAGCUCUAGAUCGCCAUGAGAAAGUUCACAAAGGGGAGAAACCAUUUACAUGCCUGGAGUGUGGAAAGAGUUUCAGUCAGUCUGCAAACCUUGCUAAACAUCUCAGUAUCCACACAGGUGAGAAACCAUUUGAAUGCUUGGAGUGUGGGAAAACCUUUAGACUGAGAGAAAUUCUUAUUAUUCAUGAACGAACUCACUCAGGAGAGAAGCAGUUUGAAUGUCUGGAGUGUGGAAAAAGCUUCUGUCACCGUGCAGCCCUUGUUAGGCAUCACAGGACUCAUACAGGUGAGAAGCCAUUUAAAUGUCUGGAGUGCGGAAAGAGUUUCAGUCAAUCUGGAAACCUUGCUACACACCUCAGGACCCACACAGGUGAGAAGCCAUGUGAAUGUCUAGAGUGUGGGAAAACCUUUGGACAGAGAUCACAUCUUACAACCCAUGAAAGAAUUCAUUCAGGGGAGAAGCCAUUUACAUGUCUGGAGUGUGGAAAGAGUUUCAGUCAACGUUGGAGCCUUGCUACACAUCACAGAACCCACACAGGCGAGAAGCCAUUUGAAUGCCUGGAGUGUGGUAAAACCUUUGGACUGAAAGCACAUCUUAUAUCUCAUGAAAGAAUUCACUCAGGCGAAAAGCCAUUUGAAUGCCUGGAGUGUGGUAAGACCUUUGGACUAAAAGCACAUCUUAUAUCCCAUGAAAGAACUCACUCAGGGGAGAAGCCAUUUAAAUGUCUGGAGUGUGGGAAAAGCUUCAGUCACCGUGGAGACAUUGCUAGACAUCACAGGUCCCACACGGGUGAGAAGCCAUUUAAAUGUCUGGAGUGUGGAAAGAGUUUCAGUCAGAGUGCAAACCUUGCUACACACUUUAGGAGCCACACAGGAGAGAAGCCAUUUGAAUGCCAGGAGUGUGGAAAGACCUUUCGACUAAAAAUAUCCUUCACUAAUCAUCAAAGAAUUCACAGAGGGGAGAAACCAUACAAAUAUGUGGCAUGUAGAAAGAACAUCAGUCAAAGUGUAAAGUUAUUUAAAUGUCUGGAAUGUGGAAAGGAAUUCAAGAGGCAUGCAAACCUCACCUUACACCAAAGAAUUCACACUGGGGAGAAACCGUACACAUGUUUCGAUUGUGGAAAGACCUUCAGCAGGAGCACAAGCCUCACUUACCACCAAAGAGUUCAUACUGGGGAGAAACCAUUUGACUGCCUGGUGUGUGGAAAAACCUUCAGACUGAGGGCAGUCCUUAUAGUCCAUCAAAGAACCCACACAGGGGAGAAGCCAUUUAAAUGUCUAGUGUGUGGAAAGACUUUUAGCCAGAGCACAAACCUGACGUCUCAUCAAAGAAUCCACACAGGGGAGAAACCGUUUGAAUGUCUGGAGUGUGGAAAAGCCUUUAGAGUGAAAACACUGCUUACGGACCAUCAAAGAAUCCACACAGGGGAGAGACCAUUUAAAUGUUUGGAGUGUGGAAAAGCUUUCCGUCUGAAAGAAAAUCUUUCUUCUCAUCAUAGCAUCCACACAGGUGAAAAACCAUUUGAAUGCCAGGAUUGUGGGAAAACUUUCAGGAAAAAAAGUGGUCUCAUUUCCCAUGAAAAAAUUCACAUUGGGGAGAAACCUUAUGAAUGUCUUGAGUGUGGAAAAAGCUUCAUUUGUGGUGUCGAUCUUAUUAAACAUAAGUGUACCCACAAGGGGCAGAAAUCCUUUAAGUGUCUGAAGCGUGGAAGGCAUUUCAGUCAAAAGUCAAGAUUUGCUAUCCAUCAAACCAUCCACAAAGAAAAGAAACCAUUUAAGUGUCCAGAAUGUGGAAAGGCCUUCAGACUGAAGUCUCAUCUUGAGGUGCACUGUAGAACUCACAUUGCAGAGAAAAGUUAUAAAUGCCCCGAGUGUGGAAAAAGCAUAAAGUCAGCUCAUACCCUUAGAAUAUAUAAAAGAGUUCAUACAGGGGAGAAACCCUUUAAGUGGCAGGAGAGUGGAAAGAAGUUCCGUCAGAGAGGUAAACUUACUAUGUGUUACAGAAUCCACACAGGGAAGCAGCCCUUUAAAUGUCUGGAGUGCGGAAAGAGCUUCAAUUGAAGGCAUCACCUUCAUUCUCUUUAAAGGAUAUAGAGGAGAGAAGUUGUUUAAAUGCAUCCACCCCUGUUGCAACACUCCAUGUAGGGCUGGAUACCUUCAGUUAUCCUGAUGAGUUGUAGAAGACAAAGAUGGAGAGUCAAACGGGAACAGAAAAUAGAGAAUGGAUGGUAGAUGGUGGUGGCAUUUUUAAUCUCAUAGAAGGAAACCUUAUGAACUGUUAUGAGUUAUUGUUGGAAAAUUACCUUCUGGGUUAAUAAAUACAGUACUGUUGAUUUGAAAUGUUCUGCAUACUCAUGCCUGAAUCUAGGAGAGGAGGAAGACAUUGGUGGUCCCAAGGGGACUGGAAGAACAAAAUAGAUACUAGCAGCAGGAGGGGUCACAAUUACUGAUUACAACAAUAAUCAUAUUUUGGUUAUGUAGUUGAAAUUCCUUGAUAACCCCCUUUAAAAUAUGAGGAGGGCAUUUGCUGGAAUCAAAGUUCUGUAAAAGCAUCAAGUGCCUCAAAAUAGUAUGGUGUUGCAUGAUUAACUUGGAAGUUGAUACCAAACAGAGAAUGAUGACCUGACAAUGGCAGGGCUAUCUUGGUUAGAAUUGGAAUCAAAGAUCCAAUUGCUAAGAGCAGGAGAACCGAGAUAGAGAAACCUUUCCAUAGAAAAAUUGUAGGCCCUUAACUUAUCACAAGACUGCUGCACCCAUCCUCCAGUCUGUGGAUACUUCAGCUAGCAACACUUCGUCAAUGGUUCUCCAAACCACUGUAGAGACAUUUUAAUUGGAUCUGGUUCCAGUAUUAACAACAGUACAGUAUUAAAAUUGCCAAAGACGUCUGAUACAUGUUUGUGAAUUCCACAUGGGGCAUCAGGCUGGGCUCCAGAGGUAAGAGUGGCACAGUAGAUAGAUGUUUCACAGCUCAUGUACAUGCAGCGUUCUGUUAAAGUUUCAAAAUGGGGGUGCAGGCUCAUGUCAGAUGUGCAGAUUUGUGGAUUCAGAUGUCUCUCCCAAUCUUGAAAAAGUUGCCAGUUGUUCAGUGCCCCCCACCAGCCUUAUAUGGAAAUACAUGGUCUCUUUUUGGUUGGAGGCUGAGACACACUGAAAUGAGGGAAACCUCAUAUCGGGGGGGGGGGGGUAUGACAUAAAAUUUAUUCUGUAUACUAGGUGAGCUGACUGCAGCCAAAUUAAGACUGGGCAUGUUUAAACGCCACAUUUUAAGAAAGGUAUCAACAAAAAUGUAGGAGAAAGAAUAAAAUUUUAUUUAUUUACUGUAUUUAUGUCUGAUCCCUAAAUUUAUUUGUGCUCUUGGCAGAAUGGAAAAGAAAAAAUGGAAAAGUUCUUUGCAGUGAAUUCAUCCUGGGAUCCAGGCAGGAUUAGCUCCAAAAUCCAUGCCCAGCAAUUUAAUUAAUGCUGAAACAAAAUAGUAGUUUUCUUCUGAAGCUAUCUAGAUUUUCACUCCCACAGAAUACAUUGUUUUACUCGCAAAACUUGUUGACAGGAGCAAAUGAUGAUUUUGGAAGAGCUGGCAUGUCAAGCUUACUCUCCUGUCUGCUUUUAAUGUGACUGUGUAUAUACUGUAUAUUGUGUUUUCUUUGUCUUGUAAUGUUCUUACUGAGUGAAUGAAAAACACAUCGCCUUACUCUUUAUGAGAAUA